CUCCUUUUGUCAACGUACCUAAAACCCGUUGUGGCCACACUGACGGCUUGAAAUCUGGCCAGUCACCUAGAUUCCACACGUUCAAUCUCAAUCAAAGGACGUAGCCUUGCUACUGGCGUAAAAUAGCCAGUGGAACUGUCGAACGCUAGUUGGAAGUGCAAUGGCAUUCGAUCGCGAGUUGGAUCGAUUGCGCACGCCCUCACCCCUUCCCGAGGAUGUACUGGCACGUGUUCCCACUCAGGACCCUACGGCUAUGCGGAAUUGGCUGGUCAAGCUCAGCAUUGUCGUUAAUUCGAAUGCACCGAUCAACCGACUGCCGACUGAAUUGCUCGCGGAGAUCCUACGCUGCGUGCGAGCUGGCUGCCAGUAUCUCUACCACUGGUCAUUCGUCACCGUACUGGUGAUCUGCCGUCAUUGGUAUAACAUAGCAAUCUCCUCUUCAAGCCUUUGGACCGAUAUCACAAUCCGCAUGCCACUUCGAAUCAUCGAGACGUACUUGCGACGUUCGCGCGGGGCUGGGAUCUCACUUUCCACACUGGUGCAUGCCUCAACGCCGUCUCAUGACACCGUGACCCUUUUGAGCGUACUCUCCCCGCAUUUCGAUAGAGUUGCGCAUCUGGAUACAUACAGCUCCCAACCCUACCUCGAGCAUCGCAUGGGUCGGCUGUCACGGUCUUCCCUGACUGUCAAUGAUUCCUUGCUCGAUGUGUCGCACCCUCGGCCAACGACCCCUCGGGUGACAAUCACUAUACGUGGUGAUCAUUUCCCAAGGCUGGAAUCCUUGACACUCCAGGCGAUCGGAUCGCGGGCGAAGGCAAGCAUUGUGAAUGCGCACUCUGUAACAUCGCUCUGCUUGACAGCUAUGUCAGGAUCGUACGACACGUGGAAUGACCUGCUGGGGUUACUCAGGGGCUGUCCAGCUCUGGAAUAUUUCACCAUGUUCACCUUCGAAUACCGCUUUAUGCAAGCCAUUGCUCUCACAAAUGAGCGUAUUGUCGAGCUGCACCGCCUCCGAAGGCUCACACUCGACCGAAUUGAGGAUACAGCGAGCCUAUCGUUUUUCCUCGCACAUCUCGCUGUUCCGCACACGGCAGAUAUCAAGGUUUCCACAUAUAUCGAACCUUGGUGGGAUGAUUUACCCGACGAUGUCAGCGUAGACUUCCAGGGCAUCUUGAUUGCAGACAUUGUUCCCACCGACAAGACAUUGUUGCCUGUGUUCUCCGCGAUACGAACCGUGCAGACUACGCUCGAUAGCCGACAUCUGGAAGUAAAGGCAUCUACCUCGCAAGGCCUGUCAAGUGCUAGCACCAUCCAAUCAGUCGCCAUUUCUCAUUCCCUGCCGUAUCCGUGCAACCCCAGAUCCGUUCAAAAACAGAUCAUGGUUGAGCUGGGCGCCGUAUUCCCCUCAUCGCUGACGGUGCUGCACAUAUACGUCAAGGGAGGGCAUCAUUCAAGUGACGAUACGCGAGAAGGUUCCCUUCGACUUUCGGAGAGUUGGGAGAGCUUGUACGGAGCAUUUCCACAUCUCGAGGAGCUGCACGUUGGCGGGCCAACUCUGGAUACCUUCACCGACUUCUUGUUCGAUAUUGGACCACCGCCAUCAUUAGCUGGGACACCGACACUACCGCCAUGGCCGAUGCUGAAGCGGUUGAAGUUCGAGUACACUGCGACGGAGCAGGAGCUCGACGAAUCGGAGGCGGUCAUCAGGUCCAUUGUAACCUCGAUGUGUAACCGUCAGCAUAUCAUGUCCGUGGAACGUCUGGAGCAUGUCAUCCUCGUGAAGUUUCCAGAGGAACCGCCGUAUCUGUGGAGUCGCACCAACGCCGUUGCCGUGAAACUGUCGGUCACGGUGAUGGGGACAUGCAACCAGGCCGCAAUCGUCACCGGGUCGAAAUUCGGUCUUGACAACCUGGUGCCAACCAGUGACAGGGCGAAAAGUAGUGAGCUGGCAGUGAUACUCGGAGCAAAAAUGGUUUACGGUGGACCCUCAAUGAUCUUGGACUGA